UAUGUUGGCAACAUUUUCUUAAAUGGCAGGCAAUUCCUAGCUGGCCAAGUCACCUAUUGGAAAAUUGUUGUUAAUCCUAAAAUCCAGUUUUUCCAACAAAUGUUUUCAGUGUAUAAUUUUAUGUAAAAGCAACAUUAUUUUAAAAUGGAGAACUUUUUUAGUAUGUGGAAAGUGCGUGAACUUGCAGACAAAGUUACAAAUGUGGUUAUGAAUUACACUGAAAUUGAAGCCAAAGUAAGAGAAGCAACUAACGAUGAAGCUUGGGGCCCCACUGGCCAAAUUAUGCAAGAACUCGCUCAUUCCACAUUUACCUAUGAGCAUUUCCCCGAAGUUAUGUCGAUGUUGUGGAAGAGAAUGCUACAAGAUAAUAAACAAAACUGGAGGCGAACCUAUAAGUCAUUGUUACUAUUGAAUUAUCUUGUUAAAAAUGGUUCAGAGAGAGUUGUCACUUCAGCUAGGGAACAUAUUUAUGAUUUGAGAUCAUUAGAAAACUACACUUUUAUGGAUGAUAAUGGAAAAGACCAGGGAGUGAAUAUCAGGCAUAAAGUGAAGGAACUCAUUGAUUUUAUACAAGAUGAUGACAGGUUGAGGGAGGAGAGAAAAAAGGCUAAAAAAAAUAAAGAUAAAUAUACUGGAAUAAGCUCAGAUACUUUCGGAAUGCGAUUUGGAUCUCAAGAAACUUGGGUGGAAAAGCCUUCUUACAAUAGAUCUCAGGAAGAUUACUCCGGUGAAAAGGAAUGGGAUGAUACUACGGGAUACCCGAAUAGUUAUAGGGAUUACACUUAUGAUGAAGAAGCGGAAGGUAGGGGUGAUAGUGAUACGGAAUCGACAAAGAAUCAGAACCAGAGGCAUACGCCUCCCAAAAAAUACACAGAUAACGAUAACGGUACCACGCAGACUAAAUCAGAAAAUAGGGUUAAUUUGAAUUUCAAUGCUUCAAUAGUUACAUCACCAAAGAAAACAGCCAAACCGAUAAAAAAGGUCGAUUUAGGGGCCGCCGCUAACUUCGGCAGGGAAUCUGUCCAGAGUCCGAUCACUGUCAAGAAUUCCACCACUGAGGAUCUGUUCAACGACGAUUUCAACCCUAGGGCGGAAGAGACGACGACGACGUCUGUCAAAUCGGAUCUGGCGGAUUUAGAAGGUACUUUCGGCGGUAAUUCUGGUCAAGGUUCCACGGAGGAAUUCGCCGAUUUCACAUCGGCCUUUUCCACUCCAUCGACUCCAGCUCAAGGUGGGGAUCUGGGGCAGUUUAUGCAGGUCAAUAAUUUCACUUCCUUCGAUGCGAUGAGUUCCCCCACAGUUCCGACGAUGGUUUCGCCGCUCGGCCAACCCAUCGGUCAAUCCAUGUCUCAACCUUUCGGCCAACCGCUGGUACAGCCGCUCCCCCAACAACCGUCCAUGGCUCAAACCAACUUCUUCUCGGCCGCCCCCUUGAUGGGCUCUUCCUUCCCCGCCCAGCCCAACCUGAUGGCGCAAGGCGCGGGAGCCCCGUCCGUCCCCAAGGCCGCCGGCGACGUCAACGACCUCCUCAGCGAUUUCGGAGGUCUCGACCUGCAGUCCGGGAUGCAGAACAACAACCUCCUCAACAGCGAUCUCGAAUACGGAAAAGCCGAUAGAGGAGGAACCCGAUUUACUCGAGAGAUCCACAAGGAAUUCUCGUGGGCGUUGACGGAACUGAAGAGAAUCGAGAAAAUCUCCAGAGAAAACGAUAUACGGAACGUGCUAGAUGUGUUGGAGCGACUGUUGAAAGUGUUUCCGGGUCCCCUGACCGUACAGAAGAUUUUGGUGAUCGACGAGAGCCCCGAUUACCCUAUAGAUCUGUACGGUUUGAUCUUGGAAGAUCUCGUGUCGAAAUUCGACGGUAAUUUCCCCGUGAUGGACGGGAAAAUAUACGGGCCGGUACUGGACUUGUUCGUCGUGGAAAACGAGGAGUUUUUCGAAACGUCCCUCAUGGAGAUCCUGGAGAAACUCAAGACGGUAAAGCCGAAACAGAGAGAAGCUCUGGUCGUGAUUCUAGAACGUCUAUUGAGAGGCGAAGGCGUCUUUGCCACAGCUCUGAGUCACAUAAUAAAAAGAGGCUUUGUGAGAGAGGAAAAACUGGUCCACGAGAGGAAUCGUUGGGAGUCUGUGGUAUCAGCGUUGGUUUCGGCCCCGAACAGAACGGCGAACGCCUUGGACGGACAGGUCGGCGAUUUUUUCCUGUCGAAAAAUUACGUCGGAUUCUUGUUCUUCAACGUCGUCAAGAUCGUCGAGUUCCUGUCGGACGUCGAUGUUAACGAGAGAUCGCGAAUAUCCUACGAGAAUUUCGCAACGUUCCUGAACAAGAUCCUGAUCGGUUUCAACGAUCAAUCUAGGGACGCCGCGCUGAGGGAAUUCGUGCUGAUCUUGGCGAUCCUCACCAAUAAACUGGGACCGAAAAAUUCGAGUUACAAAAAGACGAUUCGGUAUCUACUGGAGGACUUGGAGAAAACCGGGGUAGAAAUCCUGGGCAGAGCCUUAUUGACCCAGAUAAAUCCGGAGGAAUACAAUUUUCCGAAGAUAUUGGGGAAAGAGUUGUUGCAAAAACCGAAUUGGAAGUAUUUCUUCUGCACCAGGAUCCCGCUGUUCGUCAUGGUACCCGAGAACGAUUUCUUGAUUAAAAAUUUGGUGGUUUAUCUGAGCGUAAGUUCCAGGCGCGACUUUUUGGAACUGUUGAAUAAUCUGAUACAAGCGUGGUCGACGAAAUCCUCGGUGAAUUACACGAGCGUCGAACACCACCUGUACAUAUCCAAGAUGAUCGCGAUGUCCUUCAACGCCCUGAAGACUUUGAGUUUCGAUUUGAAAAUGGAGGAGGUGAAGGAGAUCGAGGAGAAGAUCUAUCUGGGGUUACCCGUCCAUCUGGAGUGCUCCAUGGAGGUCCUAAGAGCGAUCGGGAUGAAGACUGGGGAGAUAAUGCUGAACGUCUUGAGUAGGGACAUUAAGGAGGAUGGAGAAGUCGAGCUCAAGUUUGAAUACGAUAAUUUUAAGGAAGAAACUAUGAAGAUAGUGAAGGACUUGACGAACCUGGCCGAGGUUAAGAUGGAUGUGUAUUACAACGGGUCAAAGAAGAUCGGAGAUGUCGAGGGACAUAUUGAAAAGUUGAUAGUACGUAACGUCGUUAAAAAUCCGGUGUACAUUCCCCCGGAACGGAAAUUUCGAGCCGCGAAAGUCGCGGAUAACGAGCUGGUAGCGCCGACGUUGAAGAAUACCACAGGGUAUAAAGUGACGAUCUUGAACGGGGCCCCCGAGUUGGAUUCCGACGACGAUCUGGAGCCUUACGACACGUCCAACGACGUGGAAGUACCGGAAAAGAACCCCCCGACCUACCUGAGAGAUCUUAGGGACGGACUGUUGGAGACGCAAGACCCGGACGUCUUCAAUCUGAGCCUGGAGAGUUGCGAGAAGAUCGUACAGACGCAGUUGCCCGACGACGAUCCCUCGAUCGGCCUGGAGAUCCUGCAGAUCUCCCUGACGUUAGAACCUAGGUUCUACAACGAGAAUUUCGAAAAAUUGGUGUUUAGGAAUUGCGUGGCGGUCACGUGCGUCUAUCCGGCUAUAUACGCCGAGUAUCUGUGCAGGGAGUUCCACGCCAAAAUCGGCACGUACUCGAUGUGCCACAGGAUCUUGAUGCUGAACGUCUUGGCGGAAGCUGCCAGGAAUUUAUCCAGCUUAAAAAACGAGAGUAAGGUGGAACAAGUGAUAAAAAAGAGUAAAAAGGAUAAAACUAAGCUGGAGGAAGCUCAAGAGGUGAUAAAGAAACGAUUGGAAAGUAAAACGAGGUACUUCGGCUCCCUCAGACACAGAAAAAUCGAAAACGCGAACAUAUUCUCGGAUUGCGCCGGUUACUUCUUCUUCCCCCUCAUCUACGGCUUCAACGGCAACAAGCUCCUCUGCGAGAACCCCCUGAACGACGGCGAUUUCGUCGUGCUCACCACCUUCCUCCAGACCCUGGGAUCGAUCGUCUGCUCGUCUCAGAACUGUCCGAUCCUGCCCAAGAUGGCGGCGGAAGCCCUGAAAUUGGCGUGGUAUCUGAAGGGGCACAAAGAGCCGAAAGUGCGGAUCAUGUCGAUAUCGUUGAUAGCCGCCGUUUUGAUCAACGUGCCCAAGCACACCUUGAUGACCGAUUUUCUGGAUCAGGUGUUGAAGAUCAAGCUGUGGCUGUUCGACGUGCUCAGUUUUAACGUGAACGUGGGUGAGCCUAAUGGCGAGUGUAGAACGGUCGCGUCCAGUUGUGCCAGUUUGUUGGACAGUGUGAUUAGGGUCGAUGUGGAAGACGAGGUCCACGAUUGAACUGAACCAGUGUGGUUUUUCUAUUUAAGUUCUGUUCAUUCUAAUAGUUGAACUUUUCGUUCAUAUAAGUGUUUAUUUUUUUAUUCCAUUUCUUUGUUAUGUAAGGUUCUCUAUUUUGUUACUUCGAUGAAUUUUUGCUGUACAUACAUAGAUUCGACA